AAGGUCUAGUCCCGAAUUGUUUUGUUAAAAAUUGUGGGCAAAAAUGGAGGAUAUAAUAAUUGAGAAUAUCCACUCCGUAUGUCGUACAUGUCUCCAGGAAUUCGGGGAGAAGUCAUCACCAUUGGGUGAAAAGUAUAGCCUACAUGAUAGUGAGGACCUUGAAAAACUGUUAAUGGCCUGCACCGCAAUGGCUUAUGAGGAUGAGGUUGAAUUGCCUGAAUUUAUAUGCUAUUCUUGUUAUGAAAAAUUGCAAAGUUUUUACGAUUUUUGCUGUAAAAGUGCCGAGUCGCUUUUCAUCUUGACCCAUAUUCUGAAAGAAUCCAACCGGGAUCCACUUGUCCAAGCAAGUUAUCGCGGAAGGGAAAUUAAACCGGAAAAUAGAGAUACAUGUGUUGAAAUGAGCGAGUUAUGUGAAGUAAUAAGCCCAACCAGAAGACGAAGAAAACUUCAAAGCUGCUUAGAAAACACGGUACAUAAUUUCCGCUAUUCGCAGGUCUUACAAAUUCCAGAAGAGCCUACGGAAUCCCCAAAGGUUAUCAAAAAAGAUAUAACUGAAAAUUUUGAUGAAGUUGAGAUCGACAUAAGCGAUAUAAAACUAAAUGCAAAGGAAUUUUUAUCGAUUGCAUCGUACUCCAGAAAUUAUGAUGAUUCAUUAGAAUAUUUAGAGAUUUGCCGAGAAAGCCCAGAUCUGCAAUCCGAUGAAGGUAGACUAACGGACAUAGUUAUUUCUGAACAAUCGCAGGAUAAAGAAUAUAACACAAACUGCGAAAAAUUUAGUGAUGACCAUUCUGAUACAUCUGCAAAAUUGUCGACAAAUGAAAGGAGUAAGAGCGGCAAGAAUAUAAAAAGGAAAGCUUCCCAUAAAAAGAAAAAGCCAACAAAAAGUAAGAAGUUCUCUGAGGCCAAAUCCGUUAAACAAAGCCAAAUUGGCAUUGGUGGAGGCGCCGCCAAAUUUCAGUGUGAACAAUGUCCUCGACGUUGUGUUACUUCGGAAAAUUUAGAGGCUCACUUGCGCACCCACCAAGGCCUCAAACCAUUUCUGUGCAAGGAUUGUGGCCGUAGCUUCAAUAACGGAAACCAUUUCCGCCGUCAUGUGCGCGAUGUCCACGGACCACGACCUGUUGAGCUGACAUUCAUCUGCCCUGUCGAAGGGUGCGGUAAAUUUUUUAAUCGAGAAGCCUCUUGCAAAAUGCACUAUCGGCUCAAGCACAACCCGGCUAUUGCGAAUCGUAAACCAAAAUCAUUGGUUUGUGAGGACUGCGGAAAGACAUUUCCAACCAAUUCAAAAUUAAUAGAACAUCGCUAUAAGCAUUUACCCAUGGAGCAGUAUCCACACAAAUGUGACGAAUGUGGCAAACGAUAUAAAAACAGAAGAACUUUUAGAGAUCAUCAAUUGCGGCAUGCUGGCAUAAAAAACUUCAUAUGCCCUCAUUGUGGCGUGAGGAAAACCACAAAAAAUGAAUUACAUACACAUAUUAAUUAUCAUACGAAAGAGAGGCAAUGGCCCUGUUCGAAGUGUGCUAGUGUAUUUAACAAUUCAGGGAAUUUGCGUUUGCAUGACCGCAUUGUCCACCUAAGGUUACGGCCUUACAUGUGUAGCUAUUGUGAUAAAAGUUUCGGAAAACAAGCCACUUGGAAACAUCAUGAAAUGCGGCAUACCGGCGAAAAACCUUACGGUUGUGAUAUGUGUGGAAAACGUUUCAUUCAGUCAGUGGCAUUGCGCGCUCAUAUGAGAAGCCAUAACGGAGAAAAUUCCACAAAGUCCAUUAAACAGCCAAUCAAAGAAACCCCAGUAGCGUUUCUGGAAGGCAUUGUGGAUUCCGAAAUAUAAAGUUUGAUGCAAAAA